AUGCCAUUGUAUGAAAUCGAUCACAGCAUCCUCCUGAACAAAUUACAGCGUGAUGAACUUGUCCAGGCCAUCACCCACAUCCACACUCACAAGUUUGCCACUCCUAGCUUGUUCGUGAAUGUCCGCUUCACAGAUGCCAAUAGCCAGCAUAAUUAUGUGGCUGGCAAGGAGCGUGCCAUCAACCGCAUCAUGGCAUAUGUUCGGGCGGGUGGGAUACGAACAAUGGCCGACUUUGAUGACCUUGCACAGCGUCUCUCGGAGGCUUGGGGUAAGGUCGUGAAUAAGAACGGGAAGGGUUACAAGGAGAGACAACUGAAUGCCGUGUUUGUGUUGGGUGCAAUCACGACAGGCACGGAGAGCGGGUUUCUGUUGCCGCGGGUACAGAUACUAUUGUUUGAUCAUGCAGACGUUGGCUUUAAGUGUGGAAAGCAGUCUUUGUUGGGAUUAGGCUAA